UUGGCCAAAGGCUGAGGAUGAAUCCCUGGCGCACGUGCCACAUGUGAGGCAGGAUGCACGUCAUGACCAUCACAGGGUUAAUGGCUGGCAUCCCGCUCUACCUGCCAGUGUGCCUCUGGCACCCAUGGCUGUGCAUCCCAUCUGGUGGCCUGCAUCUCACAGCCACAGGCAAACCCAGCAGGCCUCUGUACAGCUGGACAGGCACUGGGGUGUCUACUCUUCCAGUGGCAUGGAGGCACAGUGCUGGCGCAGCGCAGCAUUUGACUGCACGCCCCAGCCAGCAGCCUGCUGCCCUGACUGGAUGGCGGGGCUCCCCGAUUCCCUGCCCCUCUCCCGCCUCUCCAUCCCUGGCACCCACGACUCCCUCAGCCUGUUCGGUGGCCGGCGCCUGCGGUGCCAGAGCUGGAGCCUGGAGGCUCAGCUGGCAGCCGGUGUCCGCUUCCUGGAUGUGCGGUGCAAGCUGGCACGGGGCGAGCUCCAUGUGUACCACCUCUGUACCUUCCAGCGGGCCAGCCUGAGGGGUGUCCUGCGCCGCACUCUGCGCUUCCUCCGCGCACACCCUGGCGAGACUGUGCUCAUGCGCAUCAAGGAGGAGCUGCCCAUCUUCUCCCGGCCUGGCUUCGCCUCCCAGCUGAAGCGCUGCUUGCUGGAGGAGGCACAGGGCUGUGUGUGGUGCCGGGAGAAGGUGCCAACGCUGGGCCAGGUGCGAGGGAAGAUUGUGGUGCUGGAGGCGCUAGCGCAGGAGGUGCUGGGCAUCCCCUAUGAGCAGCUGAGCAUCAGUGAUGCCUGGAAUGUGCUCUCUCUGGAGCGCAAGUGGGUGCAGGCACGGCGGCACCUGGAGAGGGCCGCCAGGGGGGACCCUGCCACCAUGCACCUCACCUUCUGCUCUGGCAAUGGGCUCUUCACCUACCCCGAGGAGGUGGCCCGCUUUGUUAACCCACGCUGCUACCAGUAUCUGUGGCACCGGCGAGGACAGCCUGUGUGCUGGGGGGUGGUCAUCAUGGACUUUCCUGGGGCAGGCCUUCUCUGGCUCAUUGUGGAGAGCAAUGGUCUGCAGGCGAGCAGACACAUUACAGCGGCCCCCAGCAGCCCCACAGUACCCUCGUGGGACCCCCACAGCAGAGGGAAGAGGCACAGCAGCCGGCACAGUUCCGCUCACUGCCCACACCGGUACCCAUCAGGAUGGACACUGAUCCCAGCCCCACGCCUCUGCCGAAGGAAGGGCUUGCCCCAGAAGUCGGGACUUUUAGAAAGGCAACUUCAGCAAGCACCACCCGACCCUGUGUAUGGAAAGCUGGACAGCCACAAUAGUAGCAGUUUGGAUGGGGCUACCUCUUCCCUGGUGUCACACACAACUGGGGGACACUGCACAAGGCAAAGCCCAGCAGUUUGCAACAGCAUGCGCAGCAUGGACAGGGCAGUUUGCAGAUCCACAAAAAUAAAGAGGUCGAGAUGUAAAAAAGACCUUGAAAUGCAGAUAAUGCCAGUGCCUGCCCUAUCUGCAGAAAAUAAAUCAGCAAUUUAAAUAGAUUGGCAAGUCACAGGACACAGUAGCUUCUUGGAGCAGAAAGACAGUGGAGAUCCCAGCGGAGAAGCAUCAAACUGCUGACUGCACUGAAGCAGGGAGGUGAGAAAGACAAAAGCUCAUCCCUGGCCUGAUGAAAGACACUGGAGCAGGGAGAUGGGAAAGAGGAAAGCCCAUCCCUAGCCUGACAAAAGAUGAAGAACGUCCUUAAGAAUCCUCCUGCCUCGGGGAAAAUACAGCUGAGCACAGUGCCUGCCGGAGGGAAUGCCGCAGGAUUUCCUGGCUGGAGCAGAGAACAUUUUUGCUCCAAAGGGGCUGGUCCUGGCUGGAUAAAUGGCCCUUGGUGCGAAUAUGUUCAUCUGCUGGUCCCUGACAGCCCUCCUUAGGGUGCAGGGGACAACAGAGCCCAUGCUUCAAAGAGCCGCACAGGUGGGAAGCAGGCAAUAGCAUGCAGGAAGUGGUGGAGGUGACAGAGGAAUCUGUCUUUUGACUUGCUUUGUGAGACAGAAAAAGACUGAAAUCUCUGCAUUAAACCAGACAAGUGACUAAA